CAUCUACCGGUGAGUUCUUCUCAAACGCUUCUCUUCAAGCCUGUGUGAGGAGGCGAUGUAUGCGUCAGAGCAGAGAGAAAGUGCACUAGUUAAGAGGAGAAUCAGACCCCAGUAACGCACAGACGAAGGCGGAGAUAUAGACCCAGCACAUCACCAACAGCGUCGCGCUGGGACAUUUGUACAGCAUCACUCGAAUAAAUGCGGGAAAUACGGUUGUUUUUGAGGCUGUACCUAACUGUUUAUUUUGUUACUUAUGAUGAACACUUCGACAGGCUAUUAAUGCUGAAGAUUGUCACUGUUUUUGGUACAUCAACGCAGUUUCCCAAGUGCGUAAAACAGAUCCGUCGGAGAGAACCGUCGCGCAUCACUCGAGUUAUCCACGCAGCAGCCACGGUUAAACUGGAAAUGUCUGCAUCUCCUGCGAUGGGCCGUGAAUCUGAAUUAUUAAGUAAAAUGUUUUUCUAAAGUUGUCAUCUGCUAAGAAAAGAUCGGAAUCGUUUAUUCUAUUGUGGAAAUCUGUGAAAGAAAAGCGCAGCAGUGGGUUUUUUUUGUAUGGCAAGAGGAUGGAUCUGUGGUGCGGCUGCUGAAUCCAGUCAGGAUGCUGAUGCUGAGAGUUGCGUGGGUUCUAGCGGGAGCGGCGAUCUGCUGUUUCCUCAUCAUCCUUAUUCACUCUCGCUUCCUUCGAGACGGUCAGUUGGCAGCAGGCACCUGUGAGAUUGUCACUCUAGACAGAGACAGCAGUCAGCCACGCAGGACAAUUGCCAGACAGACAGCUCGCUGUGCAUGUAAGAAAGGACAGAUCGCUGGGACAACGAGAGCAAGGCCGGCCUGUGUGGAUGCUAGUAUCGUGAAGACCAAGCAGUGGUGCGACAUGGUGCCCUGUCUGGAGGAUGAAGGCUGUGACUUGUUAGUAAAUAAAUCAGGCUGGACUUGUACACAGCCCAGUGGCAGGGUGAAAACUACCACGGUGUCCUAACAUUGGCAGGGGUUCCUUGAGCGCUACGAGAUGAGGCUUCUUGCAGCUUCGGCUACCUGCUGUAGAUACUUGCUGUCUCUCAUCAGCUUAACACCUGCCUCUGCCUUCCCGUCUGCAUCUUGGCUUUGUAAAUGGGCAGCACCCCUUUGUGCCACGGAGAACAUACGUUCACAAAAUGCCCAUCGGCGUACGGUUGGAGCCACAAGGUCUUUAAAGACUGCAGCACGGGACACUGGGGUGCCUACUCUAAGACUGAAUAAGACACUGACUCUAUUGGACUCUAGCAGCGGUUUUGACCUAAUGCUAGGCUGUAAACCCAACUGCUCUCUGAAACAGCUUUCUGAUGGACUAUGUCUUUGGCACUGGCAACAUUUUUACAGACCAAAGAGAAAAACUAUGUCAUGAACAAAAAACAGAACUAAUACUUUGACUAUGGGAGUGCACACUAAAGGACAGAUUCAUAUCAUAAACCCUGAAGAAAAACAAAUAUAUACAUAUAUAAAAUUUUAGAAAAAGUGAGCUAGAUAUAGAUAUCAAUUGACUUCACUUAAUGGCAUUGGUUUACAAAUGAAAAACGAAAAUGAAUGGAUUGACCAAUCCCAUUACUUACAAUUAGAAGAAAGCAUUUUAUAACUUUCAUUUCCUUAAACUGAGCAAAGCGAUUGUAUUCUGAUAAACAAGGAUAUAGAUACUGUAUACAUAUACACAUCAACAAGCUGAAUUAUUAUUUUUAAGUAGCAAAAUAUUGGACGAUUUGCAAUAUGCACUGAAGGUUAAAAUGGAAGAGUACCCAAUGCUUAUCAUCAGAAAAUAUAAACAACUUUAAUUUUUGAUUUACCAGAACUGAAAUGUCAUGACAUGUAUUUUGAGGGCCUACAAGUUAUAUAUUUAACAGUUUUAUAUGUUGUACCUUUGUAGAGAACCUUAUUUAACAUAAAUAACUUUGUGGAAAUAACAGAUAUAGAAUGUGAGUAAUUCUCUGCUCCAUAAAACGGCAUGUUCUAUGGUUCUGUUUAAUUUCAAAUAGAAAUUUUCCAACUUUACAAAAGAUUACCACAAGUACAGUAAAUCGAGGAAAAGGAACAAAGGAAAUGAUUUAGGGGAGAAAGGUGUUAGUAUGCGGAGCCAUGAAAAUUACUGUUUGCUAUUGUAUUGUAAAGGUGCAUAGAAAAAAACACUUUAUUCUCUGAUUUAUUCUGGGAUUUAUUUUGUGCUUGUAUUUGUUCUGGUGCUCACCCUAUGUCCUGACACCUCCAGUCAGAGUUCAGAAAGUCUUAGAUUCAUUUACAUGAAGUAAUUUUUUAUUAUGAAAUAUUUUAAGAAUAAAUUAAGUAAAAAUAACAAUUUGCUGAAACAAAGUCUUAAUCUUAUUAUGUUUUGACAGAUUUUUUUUUAUUUUUAUAACCUGUACUACAUGACACAUAUAGACGAACCCCUUUUGAUAAGAAAUGAGCUGAAUAUUUCAUUAAUACAUAAAGGCAUUUUAAAUUGACAAUUAAUUACAGAAUGUAACAAAUGACUGACAAGUGCAUUUUUACUUCUCUACUUUACGAAACAUUUCCAAAAAUGUUCAUGGUUUGAAGACAUGUUACUAAUUGAAUCUUUGAAUGGUGUAAAAGAAUAGGACACUCUAAAAAAUUAUUUAAAAAAUAUUAUAUGAAACAUAAAACAUAUUUUA